AUGCACCGCUCGGAGAGCGCGCGUCGCUCGCGUCGCUCGUUUGUGCACUCGGAAGACUCUGCGUCCAACAUUCGCCGUGCGAGCCUGGCGCCGACGAUCCGUGAGCAUCUGGACGACAACGAGGACGUCGAGUCUUUUGAGCGACGCGACGAUGAGCACAAGGCACGCGACCGUGGCGAGGCGCUCAUCCGCCACCGUAUGCGCGAGCGCAAGCGCGAGAAGCUGAAGAAGCAGAAAGAGCUUGGAAAUGACCUCGGCCGCUCGUACACGCCCGAGAGCGUCGACAGCCAAAUGCGCGGGAGCCAGGCGAACUCGGCCAUACAGAGCCAUGACUACUUCCCUGAUUCAAUGCGCAGCCCCAAGUCGAUGCGUCGUCCGGAGCACCCUGCAAGCACACAAGGAGACGACACCAUGUCCAAUGACGACGAUGAUGAGCCAUAUGAAAACGAAAUGCCCUUUGAUGACGACGACGACGAGGAGCACGGCGACGGCGACGAGGACGACGAGGACCUAGAGUACACUCUGAAGGACCGUCAGGAUGCACUCAACUUUGAACAUCCCUUUGGUUUGCCGAUCUGGAAGCCUGCGCUCUACAAGAAGUCGCGCUCCAUUACGCGCACGGCCGACUCGGCGCUCAAGUGCAUGCCCGGCCAGGACCACGGCAGCAAGGUCCUGCCUGGCAACAUUUUCUGGUUCGUCUUUUUUGGGAUCUGGCUCGGUGCGCUUUGCUUUAUCCUCUCUGGUCUGCUGCGCCUUGUGCCUCGCGGCGGUGCGAUGUACUCGCGUGUGUUGUACGGCCUUGCUACUUAUAUCAUGUGGCCGUUUGGCAACUAUGUCGAGCUGGAGUGCACGCACCAGAGCGGCGAUCGCCACGGCCCUUGCCACUGGGCGCAUAUCCAUGAACAUGAUGUGAAGGACGAUGACAGUGACAAGACACUGAAUGCCAACAACGAGCCCGAAGAGGGUACGCUUCUGCUGGACGGCGCGGGCUCGUCCACGAACCCAUCGUACGGUGCCGCGACCUGCAACGAGGACGAUGCCGACGAGGACGACACGCCGCCGACGGAGGAGGAGCGUAUCGCCUCGGAGCGCGGUGUGUACCACUAUGUCUACGACGACCACGGAAGCGACGUCGGCGUGACAAAGCGCUGGGUGGGUAUUAUCGUCUACGCCAUUGUAUAUACCCUGAUUCUCUUCCCAGUGCUGGGUCUGGUGUGCCUACUGUGCUGGGGCCUUGUCGUGACGAUCCCCAUGGCCAAGCUUACUUGGGUCCUGAUGAAGAACAUGGCGACACAGCCGCUCGCGAUGCACUUCCGCUCGCCGCUCCAGAUCGACACUACCGUGAUGCGCGUCAAGGGCGCGGACGACGGCAACGCGCACGAGGGAGUCCAGUAUCCUCUGCGCGCUGGCCAGAUUGCGCCGCGUCUCAAGGCAAAGCACCGCAAGAAGGGCACCAGCAAGCGCCGCAGCAUGAUUCUCCUGUGCAACUACCGCGCGGUCGGCAAGGAAUACUUCAAGUACACGAUCGGCGGCGUGAAUAUCCUCUUUAUCAACACGCUCCCGAUCGUCUUCUUUACGAUCUUUGCCUUCUUCCUCCUGCGUCCUUUCCUGAAGAAGCACGACAUUGUCGAUGGCAUCUUCCCGUGGGUCACGAGCGAUGGCAUGAUCUUCUUUCUGUCGCUGUGUAGCGUUUUGCCGCUGUCCUACUUUAUUGGCAUGGCAGUCGCGAGCAUCAGCACACAGAGCAGUAUCGGUAUGGGUGCGGUGAUCAACGCCACCUUUGGUUCGAUUAUCGAGCUACUCCUUUACUCCAUUGCGCUGACCCAAGGCCGUGCGGGGCUUGUUGAGGGGUCUCUGAUCGGAUCGAUCCUCGCUGGUGUCUUGCUCAUGCCGGGUCUCAGUAUGUGCUCGGGUGCGACGCGCCGGAAGGAACAAAAGUUCAACGCACAGUCGGCGGGCGUGACCAGCACCAUGCUGAUCAUGGCCAUCAUCGGUAUUCUAACGCCGACCAUCUUUUACCAGAUCUAUGGCACGUUUGAGCUGCAGUGCAGUGGCUGCCCCGACCGCACGCACGGCCCGGAAGACAGCUGGAUGUGCCGCCAGUGCUCGUACGAGCACCUGUCGCCGGUCAAGGACCCCUUCUUCCAGACGAACGUCAAGGGUCUGAUCUACACGUGUGCCGUCGUGCUGAUUCUUGCGUAUGGAGUUGGUCUGUGGUUCUCGCUGCGUACGCAUGCCUCACAGAUCUGGAACAAUGCCCAGCCUGUGCCUCAGACGCCUGCAAAUGCCAUGCCGGAGCACAUGCCGCCAGGUCUGCACCGUGCCUCUGUAUAUAAACGCAUGAUGCCGGCGCAUGUCAUGCAACAGCUGCUUCCUUCACACCAGAAGCGCGAUGCGAGCCUGGAUACGCAGGACGCACAUCGCGCUCACGACGCCGUGCAAUCGUUGUCUGCCGCCAGCGAGGCCCCACGCGAAGAGCCGUGGCAUCUGCCGCCGGCGCAUGAGCCGCAUGAGCCGCAUGAGCCGCAUGAGCCGCGCCACCAGGGCACACGCGAAGGCGAGCAAGGCAGCAAGAAGGCCUCUGCCGAAGACGCUGUGGCGGAAGCGGCGAUGCGCAUGUACCAGUACAUCUUCAACCAGCAAAAGUCGGCGCAACAGCAACAGCCUGUGCACGACGACGAGGAAGACGAGGGCUCCGGUGGUCAUGAUGCGCCAUCGUGGAGCCGCAUGACUGCACUUAGUGUGCUGCUUGGAUGCACGGUGCUCUAUGCCAUUAUCGCCGAGAUUCUUGUGGAUGUCGUGGAUGUUGUGGUGAAGGGAUCCGGCCUGCCCGAAAAGUUUAUUGGUGUGACAAUUUUUGCAUUGGUGCCCAACACGACGGAGUUCAUGAAUGCGAUGAGCUUUGCCAUCAACGGCAACAUUGCGCUCUCCCUCGAGAUCGGUUCGGCCUAUGUGCUCCAGGUGUGUCUUAUUCAAAUUCCGGUGCUGGUCGGUUUCAGCGCAUGGUACAGCUCGUCGCACUCGUUCCCGCCGGGCACGAUUGAGGACCACAUGUUCACGCUCAUCUUCCCUCGUUGGGACAUCAUUGCGAUCCUCUUGUCGAUUUUCCUGUUGACGUACACCUACAUCGAGGCGAGGAGCAACUACCACCGUGGUAGUAUCCUCAUCUUAGCCUACAUCGUCUUUGUCGCUGGAUUCUUUUUUUCGCCGAGUCACGACCCUGAUGCUUUUAUUCCGGACACGAAGCCAGGUGUUAUGUCAUGGGUUCUUUCGUAG